CUUCUCUAGCAUCGCCAGCUUCGCGCUCGGCUCUUUCAAGACACGAGCUCUGUGUCCACUCAUCGUCCCUACAUUUCCGCGUAGUAGAUCCAAAAGAGUACUUAGACAUACGCUCAUCUGCAUGACAGGACCCAUGAAAAUGCAUGCGCGCAAGUGUAAAUUAGCCUUACAACAUAGGCACCCAUCGCAAAAUGGCCUCGUCCCGAGGAGCCUAGGUAGUACUAUGCCGGUGGACUUUCUCCUCUGUUCUUCUUCCUACAGUACCUUCCUAAACGUCUUCACGCAAUUCAUCUAACGCAUGACCGCGUUACACCUACACUACACGUACACUAUGCCUCAGCCUUUAUCUUAGCCUUUUACUUCUCCUUUCCAGAAACUCGCCAAAAAAAUGGCCGACACCAUCGCGACGCGUUGUUUCCCCAAUACCCUGGACGAUGAAACGACGCUGCUCCUCACGGUCGACGAGCUCAACGCGCAGAUUGCAAAGUACGAUUUGCAAAUCUCCGAGGACUUGUCCCACGCGAACGAGUCCGGCAGUAUCUACUCCGGCGGACCGGGGGCCGGCCUCGCUUCCCUCUGGGUUUUACAGGACGUGAAGCAGGCGGAGUACUUCUUGACCAACGAGAAAAACCAGUCCUGGGCCGACAAGGACGGCAAGCGGGGCGUCGAGACGCACGCAGUUGCCGUCGGGGGCGGGUUGGCGACAGGCUUGUUCUACAGUAUCGUGGUGUUACACCACAUUUUCGCGAACCACAAGAAGAACCCGCAAUCCCUCCACGGGGGCCACGGGUCCGCGAAGCGCCCGUCGAUGGGGCAGACGUUGCAGAUGACGAGUUCGGCACAUUUGGAGAAAAUCAAAGACUCCGCUGUGAACGAGCACGUGAAGGAACUGAAUAGGCAAAGAGACAGCGAUCCGAUGUUUGAAUUGAAGGACGGAGGUGGUACUGCGGGUGAAGCCGGGCCUCAGUACCAAAAUGAGAACGACGGGGAAGGAGGAGGAGCAAACGCGUCACCCUCAUCUUCCCCGCCGGAGAAAGUGCAACGGCGGUCCAGUGUACUGAGUCAAUUACGACCAAAAUCCGCGUCCGGGGGCGCGGGCGGUUCCACCGGGUUGAGCAAACUCCGGGGGCUACUGAAAAAGGGGUCGAGUUCGGGCGGGAGCACGGGGACCUUGGCGCAACAAGUGUCAGGGAAACGGGUAGUGGAGUACGACGGGGAGUCCCCCGAUAACUUUGUGAUGCUGGAGGGAGUGUUGUUGGGCGGCGUGAACCGGUUUCUGCAGGUAGAUUCGUCAAAAUGCAAAUCGGACGAGUGGCUGUACGGAAGAGCCGGGUUUCUGUUCGCACUGCUGUUCGUCAGAAAACAGUUUCAGACGAAGGUAUUGUUUUUGCUUUUCUUGUCAGUCUUCGUUUCCAAUUUUGGUCCGGUUGUUGUGGUGAUUCUUGCUCUGUGGGUUUUUGCUUAGCAGGAGGCAGAAGGAUCGCUUGCGCUCUGCAACGCUUUUCCUUGCCAUCUUCAUCAAAACCACUGAUUACACCACUCAAACAAAACAGGGCGGUUUCGCGACCCCGGGCCUGGCCCGCGAGUUACACGGUGACUUCAACACAAAAAUUCGCAUAACGGUCGAGGAAAUUCUGGAAUCCGGCCGCAGCUACAACGACGGCGGUUCCCGUGCGGCCAGACCGGCGCUGUGUUACGAGUGGCACAUGAAGAAGUACACCGGCGGCGCUCACGGUUUCGCCGGGAUAUUCCUGCAACUGUUGCAAGCGCGGGAAUUUUUGACCAACAGCGAGCUUGCCGAGGUGAAGCAGUCCAUCGACUUCUUGAUGCUCAACUGCCACGACGCGGCCACCGGGAACUACGGGUCGAAACUCACCUCCAUGGACACCAAACUGGUCCAAUUUUGCCACGGCGCGCCGGGGUUCAUCCCGCUUUUCAUCCUGUGCAGCGAGAUUUUUGUGAAUGAGAAAGAGAAGUACCUGCAGCAGGCGGUCAAGUGUGGCGAGUGUUGCUGGAAGUACGGGCUGCUGACCAAAUCCGCGUCCCUGUGUCAUGGGAUCGCGGGGAACGGAUUUUUCUUCCUCAGUCUGUACAGAAAACUGAACGACGAGCUCUGGCUGCGACGCGCGCACUGCUUCGCGCGGGUGGUGAUGCAGAACGAGGCGGCCGAUGGGUUCGACCGGGUGCCGGAUAGACCGCUGUCAUUAUUCGAGGGUUGCGCCGGGGUCAUGAUGUUUUUCCACGCACUGAAAAACCCGGUGGAAGCCAGGUUCCCCAUGUACGAGGUGUAAGACGAUGAAAUUGAUACGGGGGAGCUAAUAGAACCCCGACGUACAACAACGAACAUCGGAAUCACGCCACUUUCAAUACAUUCGACGAUAAAAAUGUGAUCACAUCCCCUGGCUUCUAUAUUCAGGUUCAAAACAUCAGAAACUGCAUCGCAC